AUGGUUCCUUUGGUUCCUAACGCGGCUCGGGUUAGGAGAAACAAAAACGACGCCGUUUGGGACGAACCCACUUCACCUAAAGUCUCUUGUAUUGGUCAGAUCAAGCGUGUUAAAUCAAAACGUUCUCCUAAGAAAAACAGAGCAACUACUAAGUCCUUGAUUCCUAAAAUCCCUAAAACGUCUUCUUUAACCAAAGAAGAUGAAAAAAGUCGUGGUUUUUCGAAGAUCAAGCGUCUCUUCUCUUUCUCUUCGGCGACCCCAUCGAGACAAACUCAUUCCUCCGCCGUGGCUGAACAUCCGGUUACGGUGGUUUCCGCCGCGGCGGCGCCGUCUUUAGGUCAGAUGAAGAAGUUUGCGAGUAGCCGUGAUGCUUUGGGAGGAUUUGAUUGGUCGGUUGAGAUGAAGCAAGAUGUGGAAUCUCCGGCUGAUCAUCACCGUGGUUAUUAUUCCGAUGAUGAGGUGAGAGCUCCGUUGAGUUUGAAACCUAAGAAAGAAGUUAACUUGUGGAAGAGAAGAACCAUGGAUCCACCUAAACCGCUUCAUCUUCAAAUCUCUUGA